GGAUAAGGAAAUGCGGCUAGGGUUUUGAUACCUGCUCUUUGUUUCCAGUUCCAGAAGGGAGAAACCGAGAACCUCACUAUAAUUCCGUUUGAAAUGCCUACUCUCUUCAUCUACACCGCUGUUUGAUCUCAACCCCCCAAUACCCAAAAUCCACAAAAUUCCAUCGUCAACAAUCAGAGUCUAGAAAUCCAUCGAUCAAAAGAAAGAUGGAGGUAGCGGCAGCUGGGCCGUCGCUGAUCCGGUUGCUGGCUUCAUGCGACAAGGCCACCCGCGACAAAGCUCUCGCCACGCUUGUCAAGAACUGGCUUCCUAAUCAAUCUGAGAUCUCCGAUGAUGACAUGAAGAAGCUCUGGAAAGGUCUUUUCUACUGCGUGUGGCACGCCGACAAGCUUCCGGUUCAGACCCAACUCAUCGACCAAAUCUCUUCCGUGCUUCCCACUCUUGACGUCCCUCUUUCUCUGCACUAUUUCUCCGUCUUCUUGCUGACUAUGCGCCGUGAGUGGACAAGUAUAGAUGGGCUCAGGUUAGAUAAGUUUUAUCUCUUGAUUAGAAGGUUUUUGCAUUGUUAUUUUCUUAUUUUGAAGAACAAUUCGUGGGAUUUGGAGUUGACUCGUCGUUUAAUGAGUCUCUUGGUAGACAAGACGUUUUUGGCUGAGGAUAAGUUUCAGGGGAACGGUGUUCUUUAUCACAUUGCUUCUGUUUUUCUUGAGGAACUCAGGCCUUUUCUACCGGUGAGGAAGGAGGUUGUGGAAGUAGUUUUAAUGCCGUUUGUAUCGGUUAUGGGGACGGUAGCUAAUAAGGUCUUAGUUGGGAAGAUUAAGAGUAAUGUGUUUGAUGAGUUGGUGAAGGUGGGGAAUAAGUUGCUGGAGGUUAAGAAAUCGGGGGUUGACAUUGACAAGGGUGAUGAUGCAGUGGUAUUGGGAUCAAUUGCCUUAGUGAUGGGGUUUUCGGCAAGGUUUUAUGAGUUGGGUUCUUUAAGCAACUGCUGUCAGGGAAAUAGGAAAACUCUGUUUGGAUUACAUGAAAAGUUUUUGAAGUUGGAGAAGGAUUUGGCAUCAUCUGGUAUUGAGAUAUCGAUUCCUGAGGUGACUGGUGAUGAGGAAGAUGAGGUGCCCACUUUGAUUCCUAGUGUUGAUGAGAAGGAAGGUUUUGCUGCAAAACCUGCUAAUGGUAAUGGGAAUUCUGACAAGGCUCUGAAGAAGUGCGUCAAAGUGAAGAAAACUUCGGGUGGAGGUGAAAAGAAAGGUAAGAAAGGCAAGAAGUCAGUUUCUGAUGACCCGGAAGAUACCUUAAUGGAUGGUAAUCACAAUAGCAUUGUUGUUGCAAAUGGCGAGAAUUCAAAGAAGGAAGGCAAUAGCAAUGGGAAUUUGUUGACGUUCGAUGAAAAUGUGAUAUCAAAUCUUCAGGUGAAAUUCGAGAAAGUUGCUUCUGAAGGGGGCUUGAAAAGCAAUAUGGCAAGUGUUUGUAAUGAGACUGAGGCAGUAGGUAAUGGUGCUGGGUCGAAGAAGAGAAAGAGAGGAAAGAAAAUGGAUAGUCAAGGAUCUCAGAAUAUGGACUUAGCUGUGGGUGAAGAGGAUGCUGAAGCUAGUGCAACAGCAAAAGGUGGUGAGAACAGCGUAAAGAGGGUAAAAUUUUCGAUGAAACACUUGGUGUGGAAGCCUCACAAUCCCCUACCUCCACAAAGUUUGAGAUUGCCGCCUUCAGUUACUCCUAGAGGAAGUGCUCUCAAGAAAGGAGUUCCUCCAGGCCCCAUUAGGGAGAUGCCUCCUCCAACUAAAAAGGUAAAACAGAAGACAAAAUCUCCGAAGAAGGCAAGGAAGGCAAUAAAGAGCAUUUCGUUCGUAGUAAAGAAAUACAAGAAGUUGAAGUCUCUAACGCCCUCUUAGGGCUAUUUUUAAUAUUUGUUCUCCUUGUGAUCAAAAUUCUUCCAAGCUUUUCUUUUGAUGCCUGCAUUACUUUUUUUGCCCCUAUUGUUAUUUCUAUAUUCUGUGGAGAGAGCUGAUUUCUAGCCCCUAUAAUGUGAAAGUUGGCACUGGAUUUAAACAAAAGAAAAAGAUCAAGAGUGACAAUUGCUCAACUUUUUACAUAUGAAAAUUGAUUGAUCCCUUGAUUUUAA